AUUAUCCCCUCGCUAAUUAUUUAAUAUAAUCAGAUUCGCAGCUAAUUAAAAUCUGGAGGAAGUAUAUCUUUCCCGCAAGGAAAGAAGAGAAGAAAAUAGAGGCGGAGAGCGAGGCGAGGAAGGAAGAAAUCGAAGAAAUCGAGGAGGGGAUUGGAUUGGACUGCGACUGUGGUUUGAUUCUCCCCCAACGCCGCGGUCCUCAUCCAGAGUCCAGACCGAAUCCCAAAUCCCUAAUCGUGGAAAGGGAUCCCAAAUCCGGCGUCCAGUCCAGUCCAACCUGUAGUUGAUACCCCACGCCGGCUUGGCUGUCCGUCCGUCCGUCCUUGCCCCCAAUUCCGAUUGACCGGAGAGGAGUUGGAUCAGGAGGGAGCAUUGGAAUGGCCGCCGCCGCCGCAUAGGAUGGAGCUGGAUUCCUCCGGCCGCUGCUCGGCUGCCCCCGUGGAUGCUGUGAUCGUCGCGAUUGGAGGUGGAGGCGAAGGUUCUCUUCAGUAAGAGCUUUGAAGAGCUGCGGUGUAGCUGGUUGCGUAUGGAGGAGAGUGGCGGCAGCAGCGGAAGGCGGGAGGACGCGGCGCCGCCGUGGAAGCCGAGCGAGGCCACUGCGUUCGCCCGUUUUGCGGCGGCCGCUGCUUCGCCGGAGGCGUCCCCGUCGGCCUCCGCCAAUGGGGCUGCUGCCCGCGUCAGCAGCCUUCAUGGGGUCAAGCGGAAAUCGUUUGUUGCAAGAUUGACAGCAGGCAUCAUUCAGACAUAUCUACAAUGUGAUCCUGAGUUUAAGUACUCAGAGGUUCUAAAUCCAAAACGCUUCCUCACCAAUCCCUCUACCCCAGCCCACAAUGAUGGGCUUGACAAUGCAAAUUGGGACCUCAUAUUGUAUGUCAACUUGGAGUUGGUUAAUAAGAUGUCAAACAGAAGGUUUAUUGUCAAGGAAAUGCUUGGGCAGGGAACUUUUGGUCAAGUAGUUAAGUGCUGGGACACAGAAACUAAUGACUAUGUUGCUGUGAAGGUGAUAAAAAAUCAGCCUGCAUUUUACCAUCAAGCUAUCAUGGAGGUUUCGUUAUUAAGAACGUUAAAUCAGAAAUUUGAUCCUGAUGAUCAGCAUAACAUUGUCCGUAUGCUUGAUUAUCUGUCGUUUCAAAAUCAUUUGUGCAUAGCUUUUGAGAUGCUGGGUCAAAACCUGUAUGAACUGCUCAAAAGGAAUCACUUAAGAGGUCUGAAACUGAAAUACGUUCAAGCCUUCUCAAAACAGAUAUUGGAUGCCAUGGUUGUGAUGAGAGAAGCUGGAAUAAUUCAUUGUGAUCUCAAGCCAGAAAAUAUCCUGUUAGCUCCCAGUGUCGCAACAGCUGCAGCAGUGAAAGUUAUUGAUUUUGGAUCAGCAUGCCUGGAGGGUAAAACAGUUUACUCGUACAUCCAGAGCCGCUAUUACAGGUCUCCGGAGGUUCUCCUCGGCUAUCCAUAUACUACUGCGAUCGACAUGUGGUCGUUCGGCUGCAUAGUUGCUGAACUGUUUCUAGGCUUGCCAUUGUUUCCUGGAGCGUCAGAAUAUGAUGUGCUUCAGCGAAUGAUGACAAUUCUCGGGGGCCAACCACCAGAUGAACUGCUAAGGGAAGCUAAAAACACUAUAAGAUUUUUUAAACAUGUUGGAAUAUAUCCUGGCAAUGAGGCACCUAGUGGUCUAUCUAGUGCAUACAGAAUUUUAAGUGAAGAAGAGGUUGAAGUGAGAGAUUCCAAGAGGCCAAAGAUGGGAAAGUGGUACUUCCCACACCUGAAGCUUGACAAACUCAUAUGUACCUAUCCUUGGAACAAUUCUGAACUGUCAGAGACAGAAAAAACAGAUCGUUUGGGAUUAGUUGAUUUCUUGAAGGGACUCCUUGAAUUUGAUCCAAAUAAGCGAUGGUCACCAUUGCAGGCUCUAUAUCAUCCAUUCAUAACAGGCGAAUCGUUCACUGGUCCAUAUGAGCCUGUACCCGAGACUGCAAGAAUUCCUGUUGCUCGUGCUGCAGCAAUUGAUCACAAUCCUGGAGGGGGCCACUGGCUACAUUCAGGUCUUUCCCCGCAGGUUGGAAGUGUGAACAGAUACCUUCCUCUGAAUAAUGCCUACCCUCCAAAGGUUCCUUUUUCAUAUGGGAGUAGUUAUGGAAGCUAUGGUAGCCAUGGUAGCUAUACCGGUAAUCCUGGUUUUGGUAACAGCUACGGAAGCACCGGUGAUGUUAAUACUAUGAAUAUGUAUUACUCACCCUUAGGUUUUUCUGGAUUAGCGCAAAUUGGCUCUAGUCCAGAUGUUAGAUUAAGGAUGCGUCUCCCACAUGAUAGAGGAAUUCGAUUGAGCCCUGGUAGUCUUGGGCCUAUGUCUCUUGGAGCCAGUCCAUCGCACUUUACGCCACCAAACUACCAGAUGCAAAUCCCAGCUAAUUCUACUGGGAAACAUGGUUCCGGUUCUCCUGCAAGUGGAGGCAUUCAUGGUUCUCCAUUAGGAAGAGCUGCAGCAGUGGGCCCAUAUAACAUGAGGAGGAAUUUGCCAAUGCCGCCACAUGAUUAUGUAUCUCAGCAUGGACAAGGGCGUUUUGGAGAUGGUGUCAGUUUCAGUCAUUCUGAUGCCUAUGCUCGAGGACAUACAGGCCACUCUCAUACUGCAGCAGGACCUAGUUCUUGUCAUUCUAGUUGGAGACCACAAAUAGGUCCAAGGAGUGGUAUUUCCUUAGAGGAGUCGUUUAGUCAUGUGCCUUCACAGGCUCCGUCACAAUCACUUGACUUUUCAGCUUCAUCAGAACUUGAUCCUGCUAAUUGGGACCCUAAUUACAGUGAUGAGUCACUAUUGCAAGAAGACAAUUCCCUGUCAGCUGAUCUAAGUAGCAAUCUCCACUUUGGAGAUGCAGGUGGCCAAGGGAGCGGAUCUAUCAGAUCAGCAAAUUUCCAAGGCCAUGUAUUUGCUGCAUCUAACCCUGUACCAACAAACCAAAGAGCAGAUCAAUUAUUUGAUGUGUCCUCGGAAGGAGCGAGUGCCCAUUCUAGUGUUCCCAUCAACUACGGUGGUUACAACCCUCCAAACUAUCCUCAGCAAAAUCUCCGUCCCCAUCAUGGACAGCCAAUUCUUCAUCAGCGAUAUAACCAGGCAACUUCCAGUCCAAUGCGGCCAAUGGGAAGCCAUCACAGUGGGCAGCCUGCAUGGUCUAGUAGUUUUGGCAUGGGUGACGGGGUGCCUUGGGGAGGAACAGGAGGGCACUCAUAUACGACAAGUGGGCUACCUUCAUCUCUUCCAAGAAAGGAUUAUGGGAGCAUCUUUUAUUCUGAUCACCACGCGACAUUUGCAGUUGCAGCAGCAUCGACAUGUGACGGUAGCGAUGCCACCUCGUCCGCGGAGCUGCUGGAUGAUCUCGACGGCGCCGUCGGCGAGCCGUCCUUGGGCUUCUUCCUCCCCGGCUUCCUCGGCGGCCUUGGGACGUCGGGGCACAUCGCCGACGCCGAGUCGUCUCGCCUGCCGGUGUUCUCUGAGGCCGCGCCGACACUCUGCUGGCGGCCGAGAUCAGUCAGACAUACAGAAACCGCCACAGAACGGGUGCCAGCGGCGCACACUUGGCAAGAACACGACACAGGCAGUCAGGCACGGCCGCACGGGAUCCUUCCUAAUCACGUGAAGGGAAACGAAGUGUGUAAUCUUGGAACUAAGCUCAGAGAUGCAUUUGCCGCCGCGCUGUCCCAGCUGUGUGUCAGAGAUACAAGGACGAUCCAUGGAGGAAACAAACAGGCGAUCGAGGAAGAAACAUCGGAAUCACCGUGGCCACAAAGUUCAGGAUUCAGACGGGAAAGAAAUGCCCGCUCACCGAAGAUCCCGGAGAUGGCCUUGAGGCCCUUGACGAUCCCUUUCACCUUGUACGCCAUUGGAGAUGCUGACAAGGAGACGAAUCUCAUCAGGUAUGUCUGCACCUGCAUGAUGGCACAGCUCAAGGACAGCUGGGACACGAGUGAAGUCGAACCGCUGGUCGUGCUUUAUCUCGUCUUCAAACAUGUUUUUCUGGUGGAAAGCCUGAACAGGGACAAGGAUGUCAUUCAAGUUGCCUGGUUGCCAUUCAUGUGGAACAACCUUGAGCAGUCUGGAGACGCCCUCAUUGACAAUCUCCCUAGCCCUGACCACCUCCUCCGCAACCGGGAUCAUCCGCUUGAUUGGGUCGGUACGCCUCGACCACGCCACGAAGCACGAGCCCACGAAACAAGCAGCACGGGCCGCAGGAUUUCUCCUCGAACGCAGCAGGGGCCAGCUCGCUUCGCUUCACCCCUCUCGGCGGCGGCCGGGAUCGCGCCGCAGAAGCCCCGACGGGCGACGGCGCUACGGACCGGAGUGCAGUUCGUCCCGCGUUUUCUCUGGUUCAGUGGUUCGCCUCCGCGCCGCAAGUUCGUAGAGAUGGCGACGAAGUCUGGAUACACACGCCCGCUCCCGCUCGCUGGGGACACCGCUCCUCCGCCUCCCAGCGCCGUCCUCUAUGUGGCCAACUGCGGGCCCGCGGUGGGAGUGACCGACGCCGACGUCCGCUCGGCGUUCGGCGCCUUCGGGGAGGUAGCAGGGGUCCAGGCCGCCGACGAGAGCGGCGCCCGCAUCAUCGUCCGGUUCCACGAGCCCGCCGCCGCGGAGGCCGCCAUGGCUGCGCUCCACGGGCGCCCCUGCGACCUCCUUGCGGGUCGCGUGCUGCACAUACGGUAUUCGGUGCCCGUGAAGCCAAAGGCUCGCCCAGGGGGCUCUGUACCGGUGGCUCUCGCGGCAUCGGAGCUCGGAAUCCCGGGGAUUUACAUGGUUCAGGAGUUCGUGACUGCCGCUGAGGAACAGGAGUUACUUUCAGCUGUGGAUAGCAAGACGUGGAAAAGACUGGCGAAGAGACGAGUUCAGCAUUAUGGUUAUGAGUUUCUGUACGAAACAAGGAAUGUUGAUUCAAAGCAGUUCUUGGGUGAAUUACCUACGUUUGUUUCAACCGUCCUUGAGAAGAUUGCUUCUUUUCCCGGUGUGAAGGACUGUACCACCAGCUUAGUUGAUCAAUUGACAGUAAAUGAAUAUCCUUGUGGUGUAGGUUUGUCUCCACACAUAGACACACACUCAGCAUUUGAGGAAAUGAUUUUUAGCCUUUCUUUGGCUGGACCUUGCAUCAUGGAGUUCAGGAAAUAUACUAAAGGCAGUUGGCGUGCUCCAAGUGUGGUCAAUGGAGUUGAUGAAGAUAGCAGUCAAGAGCCAGGAUGCAUAAGAAAAGCCAUUUUCCUACCUCCUCGGUCAAUGUUAUUGAUGUCAGGAGAAGGUCGUUAUGCCUGGCAUCACUACAUACCACAUCAUAAAAUUGAUGCAGUGGGUGGUCAAGUCAUCAAAAGGAAUUCAAGGCGGGUUUCUUUCACUUUCCGAAAGGUGAGGAUGGGUCCUUGUGACUGUGAGUACAAGCAAUUUUGUGAUUCUCAUAGCAAGAGAUGUUAAGCUGGAAAGGCUAACAUGUUCAAAACUGCUUUGCUGCUACAACCAUUGGCAAGUCUCAUAACAAACUGUCAGUAUUUUGUCUCACACAAUCAAAGUGGUCAGGAGCUCACCGACCAAACUCAUAUCAAGCAACAGAUGUGUGGGCAAAUGAAUAGAUAUAGAAUUGUAGGGAACUGUCAGUUGUAACUUUUAAACCUUGUAUCCAUCUCAUUUCGAGAUUGAAUUGCUUGAAUGAGCCUGUAGUUUGUCAUUGGUUUUCCUGAUAUCUCGAAACAACAAAGUUUAAAUUAUAUCCAUAUGAUGAAAAAAUGACA